AUGCCCUCGCUAGACGAUGACGGCGCUACCGCCACGGCGGCCGAGCGCCGACCACUCCUAGCCGGACUUCCCAGCGAAGAACCCGCCGGGGUCCCCGAGGCCGACAACAAUAACAGCGGCAAUGCCGCGACUGCCGAAGCCGAAGCCGACCCCAACCCCAACCCCGAUCCGGAAGGGCGCGGACCUGCCAACGGCGGCACGUUCACGCGCAACCUCGGCGCGGUCGAGGCGUUUGCCAUCGUCAUUAGUAUUGUCAUCGGCAGUGGCGUGUUUACCUCGCCUGGGUCGAUCGAUACCAAUGUGCCGUCGCCUGGAGCUGCGCUGUUGGUGUGGUUGGUGGGGGGCGUGCUAGCGUGGACGGGGGCGAGCACCAUGGCAGAGUUGGGGACUGCGAUUCCUGGUGAAGGGGGUGUGCAGCCGUAUUUGAAGUACAUCUUUGGUGAUGUUUUCGGGUUCUUGGCCGCUUGGACCUGGGUGGUCGCGGUGAUGCCUGCUACGCUGGCUAUUCUAAGUAUCGUCUUCAUUGAGAGCAUCUACUCCGCAGCCGGCGUGACGGGCGAGGGUGACAAGAUUGGGCACAAGUUAUUGUCCAUCGUCGUGCUGGUCUUCAUUGGCGUGGCCAACUCCAUCAGUACCAAAGCAAGCACGCGACUGAACAAUUUUUUCGUGGCGACCAAGUUUAUUACCAUCGCGGCGAUUGUGCUAGCCGGGAUCGUCGUUCUCGGUAUUCAGCUUGCGAAUCCUGAUAGAAGAGUCGGCGGCGGCGAUUGGCACCGCAAGUCGUGGUUCAACUACCGGGAUAGUGUCAACCCUGAUGGCAGUAUCACGCAUUGGGAGGGGUUGAGCCAGUGGGAUAUCUUUGGACACCUCUCGGCCGCUCUGUACGCUGCUCUGUGGGCAUACUCAGGAUGGGACAAGGCUAUUUAUGUCUCAGCGGAGCUGUCUGCUCCUGCUCGCCAGCUUCCUCUCGCCAUCAACACGUCUCUGCCCAGUAUCAUCCUUUGCUUCCUCACCGCAAACGCAGCGUACUAUAUUCUGCUGCCGUGGGAUGUUGUGUCUACAACAGAUAGCGUGGCUGUGACGGCCAUCACCCGACUUCUCGGCUCUGCCUUCGGCAUCGUGGCUGCGAUUUUUAUCUGUCUCGUAGUUGCAGGCUCCCUCCUGGGUAACUCGUUCGUCGCUGGCCGUAUGGCCGUUGCGGCGGCAAACCAGAACUGGCUGCCGCGUAUCCUUGCCGUUGUCGGCCGGUUUGGGGUCGAACGAGAAGUCGCCCCGGUCGAACCUGGUAAGGACGAGUCCGGAUCCGAUGCCCCCAUCAACGCUAUCAUCUUGUCCACCGUGCUUGGCGCGAUUUACAUUCUGCUGGGCAAUUUCCGCGCCCUCUUGACGUUUAAUGGGCUAGGGGAGUACACCUUUUUCUUCUUGACAGUUUUGGGCGCUCUAGUUCUUAGGUAUCGCGAGCCACAUCUCGAGCGCCCGUACAAGACCUUUGUCGUUAUUCCUGGUAUUUUUGCGUUGGUGAGCGGGGUUAGGGUUAUUUCACGAAUUACCCCACUGAUUGAUACAAAGGCACUUACCACACUGCCGCGGCGAGCGGCGUACCUCACUCUCAACACCCCACAUCGGCGCAAUGCUCUUUCACUCGCCGAGCUACGCUCCCUCAAGGACCAGCUUAUCAAAGCCAACACAUCACCCACGACCGGCCGAACCCUACUUCUCCCACCUUUCAAACCCUCUUUCCUCUCAACCCUCGAGCAAGCCCACGCCAACUUUACCAAAACCCACGCCGGUACCAACAGUGAGCCACACCCCUCAAACCAAAACACUCCCCCCACCCAAGACGACUACACCUGGCUCGUCUCCGCCCGCGCCUUCGCCCAAGCCCGCGCCAACCUCCCCUCCGUGCUAGUCCUCGCCUCCCACGGCCCCGUCUUCAGUUCCGGCCACGACCUACGCGAGCUACGCUCCCUCUCCUCAACUGAAAUCUCCGAGACCUUCCGCCUUUGCGCACAGGUCAUGUCUCUCAUCCGGCGGAGCCCAGCGCUCGUGGUAUCCCGCAUCGCAGUCCGGUGA